AAAGGCAAUGUGAGUGCUAGGAUAGUCACACUUCCGAGACCGAUUUCUCGAGUCCAAGAUGUGGUCGCAACUUCUUCUCUGUUGCCUUGUUGGCUUUGCCGCUGCAUCCGAUUAUGGAUGGAAAAGCAACACCGAAUACCUGUACAAAGUACAAGGUAGAACUCUUACCGGAUUACCAGAUGUAGCCAACCAGUACGCUGGUAUUGUUAUGUCGGCCAAUCUUAUCGUCCGCCCUCAAGGUGAUGGUAAAUUGGUUGCUAAGAUUUCCGACGCCAAGUACGCUCAAGUUCACACCCAACUUCCACAAGGUUGGAGGAGCGAAAUCCCUGAGUCAAAAUUGAACUUCCAACAAUUGCAACUCAGCGACAAGCCCUUCGAAAUUGUCAUGAAGAACGGUGUUGUUCGUGACGUCAUCGUCAGCAAGGAAGUCCAUAACUGGGAAGCCAAUUUGCUUAAGAGUAUUAUCAGCCAAAUCCAACUUGACACUCAAGGACAACACGCCAUUAAGAGCCACAUUAACCAACUUCCACAGGAAGGUUCUAACAAUGCUGUAUUCAAGACCAUGGAAGAUACCGUUACUGGUAAAUACGAAACCUUGUACGACAUCACCCCAUUGCCAGAAUACAUCUUGCAAUCCCAACCAUGGCUCGUCCCAAUGCCACAAAUGAAGGGCGAUGGCGAAUUCAUUGAAAUUGUCAAGAGCAAGAACUUCAGCCGUGGAGAAGAACGUGUUGGAUAUCACUUCGGUCUCGGCGCUAAUGGAAAAUGGGAACCAAAUACCAACCAUAUGGGAGAAUUUUUCCUUAGAUCUUCUUUGAGUCGUGCCGUCAUCUCCGGAAACUUGAAGCGUUAUACCAUCCAAUCUGCUGUCACCACUAACAAAAUCAUCUUGAGCCCAAGCUUGAAUAGCGAACAAAAGGGAAUGGUUGUGAGUCAUCUCAACCUUACCCUCACCCACGUUCAACCAGCUUCCAGCCAAUUCCAAAAAAUUCAAGAGCCACAACAACUUGGUUCCCUUGUUUACCGUUACGGAAGCCCAUUCUCCAGCAAUCACGAGGCUAGACCAGGACAGCAACGUCAAGAACAAGAGGAAUACGAUUUCUCUAGCGAAGAAAUGCAACAUCAAAAACGUCACUACAGACAUCGUCGCUCUGCCAACUCCGCCGAACAAGAAUUUGACUCCCCUGAAUUUGAAGACAGUUGGACUCAAGAAGAACCAAAAUUGAGUUCUGCUCCAGAAACUCCACUCCUCCCAAUGCACAUUGGCAAUAAGGGAAAGUCCAUCAAAAGCGCACAAAACGUCAACAUCGUUGAAGCCGCUGAAAAGCUCGCCCAACAAAUCGGUCAAGAAAUCCAACGCCCAGAGAAAAUCCAAAAGGAACAAACUCUUUCUAAAUUCAUCCUUUUGACCAAUCUCCUUCGUCUCAUGAACGAAAAGGAAAUGCAAGAAGUAUCUCGCCAAAUUUAUAACAAGGAAUCCAAAGGACCAAAGGCCGAUGCCUGGAAAUCUUUCCGCGACGCUGUCGCUACCUGUGGAACUGGACCAGCUUUGUUGACUAUCAAAGAAUGGAUUAAAACCAAGAAAAUCGAACAGCAAGAAGCCGCCGAAGUUAUCGCCGUUUUGGCUAAAAGUGCUCGCCACCCAACUCCAGAAUAUAUGCGCACCUUCUACGCUUUGGUCACCGAUGAAGAUGUCAAGUCUCAACAAGUUCUUGCCGAAACCGCUAUUUUGUCUUUCUCUAAGCUUGUAUGCAGAGUCUACAACGACAAAGAAGUUUCUCACAACCAAUAUCCAGUUCACACCUUCGGUUCUUUCCGCAAGGAAGGAAAGCAGUUUGUAGUUCAGGAGUUUAUUCCAUACCUGAAGCAAAAACUUAACCAAGCUGUUGAAAAGGCCGAUUCCCGUAAAGUUCUCGUCAACAUCCGUGCUCUUGGAUACGUCGCCCACCCAAAGAUCCUUGCCGCUUUCGAACCAUACCUUGAAGGUGAAAAACAAGUUUCCCAAUUCCAACGUUUCAAUAUGAUCUUGUCUUUGCGUAAACUCGUUGAUGUUCACCCCAAGAUCGCUCGUUCUGUCUUGUAUAAGAUUUACCAAAAUGCCGGAGAAGAACCAGUUGUCCGCGUUGCUGCUGUCUUCCUUCUUAUGCGUACCUGCCCACCAGCUAGCAUGCUCCAACGCAUGGCUCAAUAUACCAACAUCGAUACCAGCAAUCAAGUUAAUGCUGCUGUCAAGUCUGCCAUCGAAUCCGCUACUAAAUUGGAAGGAGAACAAUACGCUCAACUCAAGGAAAACUCUGAAGCUGCUCAACCACUUUUGACCAAGGAAAAUUUCGGAAUUCAAUACUCCCGCAAUUUCCUUCGUAGCUUCGUCAAUAGGGAAAUGAACUUGUUCUACAAGCAAAACAUUCAAAUCUACGGAAACGAAGAAAGCUCUUUGCCAAACGGUAUCAAGUCCAUGCUCCGCUCUGAACUUAACGGUUUCAACACUGAAAUUUUUGACAUCGAAGCUAUGGUUUCCAGCAUUGAUGAACUCACCAACGUUUUGAAACAACAAACCGAAAUUCACCAACACGAGCAAAAACAACAAAAACAAAAUUACAAACAAGCUCAACAGAACCAAUGGUCCAGUGAACAUAUUGCCCGUCUUCUUAACAUCCAAACCGAAGAACGUGAACAACUUGAAGGAAACUUCCUUUUCGAAUUCGGCGUUAUUGCCAAUCGCUUCAUGGCUUUCGAUAACCGUACCGUUGAACUGUUGCCAAGUGUCAUCCGUGACAUUGAACAACAUCUCCGUGAUGGAAAGGACUACCAUUUGUGUAAAUUCUACGACACCAAACAAGUUACCAUCAGUUUCCCAACUGAAAUGUCUCUUCCAUUCGUUUACACUUUACAUACUCCAACUCUCUUCCACGUUAAGGGACAAAUCCGUGCUUCCGCUGAACCACAAAUCAGCUCUGGAGAUAAAAUUCACAAGCCACACACCAUCAACGGUGAAACUGAAUUGCACGCUCUUUUCUCUACUAAGGUUCAAACUAAGAUUGGUUUUGUUGCUCCAUUCGAACACCAUUCCUACGUUAGUGGAUUCGACAGGAACAUUCAAGUCAACAUCCCACUCAAGGCCCAAAUUGAAGUUGACAUCAAGAACAAGCAGAUGAACGCUCAACUUCAACCAGUUGAACCAGAAAAGAACACUCAAGUCUUCCACUACAGCACUUACCCAUACACCGCCAAGAAGGAUCUCCUCAAAGUGCAACCAAUUGUCAAGAGCCAAAACGUUCACGUUAUCAGAGCUCCAGAAUCCGAACAAACCAGAUUCCAAUCUGUUGUUGGAAAGAAGAUUGGUAUGGCCUUCCGUGUCGGUUACACUUCUGACCAACAAUUCAUGGAUACCAAAUGGCUUCUUGAACAGCUGAGACGUCAAGACCGUGUCACCGCUCUUAUGGCUAUUUACAACGACGAAACCAUCCAAUACAAGAAAAUGGAAAUUGAAUAUGCUGGCGCUGAAUCUACUGUUCGUAAGGUUCAAUUCCGCAUGGGAUACGAAUCCAGAUACGAAAGUGAACAUGGAAACGAAAGCAAUGGACCAUCUGCUGAAAUCAGCCAAUUCUCCCAACUUCCAAAUGAAUCUAAGGCUCGCAAACAACAAUUCGCCAAGAUGGCUGCUGCUGGAAUCCAGAGUGCUAAUGUCCGCGUUGUCGAUGCUUCUAUUGAAUUUGAUGGACAAAACAAGAUUGAAUACACUGCUACCGCUGCUAUUGCCAGCAGCCCAGUCGAUCAGAAGGCACGUGCUCUCUGUUACAUCAGGAAGCAAUCUGCCAACCCACAAGAAAACAGACCAUUCCAGUUUGCCGUUUCUGCCAAGGCCCAAGUACCAAACACCAACGGUCUUGACUUCGCUCACGCUUUGAAAUUCGAUCCUACUUCCACCGUCCAAAUUGAAGUUGCUGCUGGUGAAGACUUGAAAUCUGCUUCCAAGGUUCAUGUACAAGCUAAGCUCCGCAAGAGCGAAUCCCGCAAGCAAUACCUCCAAAGCCUUCAACGCGCCCACGAAUGCCGUCGCGAGAUGGAAGAAGGAAACCACCAACUUCCAGCUUGCGCCAACAUGACUGCUGAAGCAAACCUCAUGGACCGCGUCCAAGUUCAACUUCAAUUCGAACACGUUUCUUCAGAAGCCGCUGAAUGCAGCCGCAGAGCCUAUGACUACUUGCGCUACCUUGGUUUUUACAAUCUCCGCGAAAACUUGCAUAAACAAUCUGGCAAGCAAAACGAAAUCGAAAUGGAAGCUCGUUUCGAACCAAACUUUGAAUCUGUCAACGUUACAAUCAAGUCUGAACAUAUGGAAUCCAAAUUCGAACAAAUCCGUGUUAACCACUGGGCUAAACAAGUCGUUGCUGUCCAUCCAGUCUUCCCAAUGACCAAUCGCGUUAUGGGAAAACUUCUUCAAUUGGACACCUACAGACCAAUCUGCGUUGUCGACAAAACCGCCGCUAACACUUUCGAUAACAAGACCUACCCAAUUGAUCUUGGACACGCUUGGACUGUCAUGUUCCAAUACGUCCCAACCUUUGCCAGGCAACAACAAAACCAACCACAAAGGUACCAACAACAACAAGAAGAACAACAAACUGAACAGUAUGUUGUUCUUGUCCGUGAUACUAAGUCUGGACAAGCCGAGAAGGAAGUUAGGAUGACCAUCCGCACUCCAGAAACUCAAGGACAAUUGAUCGAUCUUGAAAUUAAGCCAAGCGAAAACAAAGACUGCAGCAAGUCUAACCCAUGCGCUAAGGUCCAAGUCAACGGCAAGCAAUACGAAAUUUCCGACGCAAAGUCCACCGAUAUCCAAGGAGGUUUCAUCAAAUUCUUUGCUCUCCCCAGUGGAGAAAUCAAGGUUACCGUUAGAGAUAGCUUCUACAUUAUCUACGAUGGAAAACGCGUCAAGUUGGCCGUCGUUUCCGACAAAUUCCGUGGAUCCGUUCGUGGUCUUUGCGGAACUUUCACCGGUGAACAAUCUGACGAUUUCCUCACCCCAAAGAACUGCAUCCUCCGCAACCCACGUGAAUUCGCUGCCACCUACGCCAUUGAAGAACAAGGACAUGUCCAACAGUACAAAUCUCGCGCUCAAAAGGCCGAAUGUUUCUACAAGGAUAAUGUCUACGCCAACGUUAUCUCCGACUUCGAUGCUGGCCGUAACCAUCAACAAUACACUCAAAAGCAAAACUACCUUGGACAGCGUAACUCUGAUAACAGCUGCAGCAAGCAACAAACGAGCUAUAUGCUUGAGAACAAUGGUGAAACCAUCUGCUUUACCACUCAUAAAAUUCCAGUCUGCAAAAGCUCUUGCAACGCAAACGAGUUGAUUACAAAGUCAGUCAAAUAUCAUUGCGUUCCAAAGACCAACAUCUCAGAAUUGUGGAGAAACCAAAUCAACAAGGGAGCUAGCCCAGACUUCAGUUCAAAGACCGUAACCAAGACUGUUGAAAUGAAAGUUCCAGCAUCCUGUUCCAGAUAUUAAAUCUAACAAAGCGACCAAAUUUAAUAUUAGAAGCAUAUUAUAAAAGACAAAAAAAAUAAUAAAAUAAUCUCUUAC